ACAGCACCGGCAAAGAUGGCGAUGGUUGGAACAAAGACUUUCGGCGAUAUGCCGAACAAAUUCCAGAUCGAAGAAGGAGGAGAAUAUUAUUAUGUUGGGUCUGAAGUUGGUAAUUACCUGCGUAUGUUCAGGGGUUCACUGUAUAAGAAGUAUCCGUCUAUGUGGCGACGCCUACUCACUGUCGAAGAACGGAAAAGAGUUGCAACUUUAGGUACUGGUGCCCCCGCCCUAGCCACCAACAUCACCUUGCUGAAGGCUGUGGAGGUUGACAACAUCCUAGAGGGCAACGAUGACCAAUACAAAGCCGUGUCCAUCAGCAGUGAUACCUCUUAUUCAAGGGACGCGAAGGCGAAGAGGAACACCUGGGUGACGACUGUGCCUAGUAGUUCUCAUCACCUCGACGCUGUGCCAUGCUCGACCUCCAUCAACAGGAACCGCCUCGGCAAAUCCAAAGUCCGCACAUUCCCUCUUUGUUUUGAUGACACAGACUCUCCACCAAGCCACGAAAACGCCAGUCUGCCCGAACAACUGGUGCCAAUUCGACUGGACAUGGAAUACGAGGGACAGAAACUCAGAGACUGCUUCACCUGGAACAAAACUGAGUCGCUGAUCACCCCUGAGCAGUUUGCAGAGAUCAUGUGUGACGACCUUGACCUGAACCCUAUAAACUUUGUACCGGCCGUGUCUCAGGCGAUUCGUCAGCAGAUUGAAGCCUUCCCCACAGACAAUCUGUUAGACCAACAGGCUGAUCAACGUGUUAUACUAAAGCUAAACAUACAUGUGGGGUAUAUGUUAUGGUGUCUAUUUCAGCUAAACAUACAUGUGGUGUAUAUGUUAUGGUGUCUAUUUCAGCUAAACAUACAUUUUAUAAAUUUGUUAAUAAACUGUUUUUUAUACCCAGGACUGGGAGGAGAGUUUGUGACGUCCAUUGCCUACAGCAUCAGAGGACAGCUAAGCUGGCAUCAAAGGACGUACGCCUUUAGUAGUGAAGCCCCGCUGCCCACGGUGGAGGUUGCCAUCAGGAACCAGAACGAGGCUGACCAGUGGUGUCCAUUCCUUGAGACGCUGACCGACGCCGAGAUGGAGAAGAAGAUCCGGGAUCAGGAUAGAAACACGAGACGUAUGAGAAGAUUAGCCAACACAGCGCCGUCAUGGUAGAAACAGAAUAUUUUAUGACCUGAACUUUUUUGUGCAAAUAAACAUUGUAGACCCCACAACUGUGUUCAGUGGAAAAUAUAACUACAACAAUACCAGCGUCAAUGUCGGACACCAGCGGACCAAAUGACAAAAUUGUCAAUUCAUCCAAAAGAAGAAUGACCAUGGCAUGGAAAUUGGUGGCAGAACAAACUGUUGUAUACAUCACAUCAAGUCUUACUUCAGGAAAAAUAGUCCAUUCUGACAUGGGUUUUUCAGAUACAUUUUGCUGUUGUACAUCCUAACGUGUCAAAAUUAACAAAAUGUUGGUAUUAUCGACUGUAAUGGUGCAUUUUGUGUAAAAAUACAAGUGCAUCUUUAGUGUUAUUGUCAACCAAAUUUCAGUGUUGUUUACCUAACCAAUGUAGCUUUGUAUUUGGGUUAUGCCCAAGUUGAUGGUAGGGAAAUUGAUAUACUGUCAGGGUAUUUUUCACAGGUGUGUGCAAAACAUCUUUUGUAUCAAUAUAUACUUGAUAUACUCGUGUCUGUUUCUAAGAUUGGGGUAAAAUGGACAUUGGGUUUAUUCCUAAUUUGUUGCUAGAUGGAAAAUUGGACAUAGCUAUAGAGUUAGUUCCCUUGGAUGUACCUGGAAAAGAUGUUUUUUUUUUUAGAUAGGACCUGAAUCGGUUUAAAUCUGUUAAGCAAGUUAAUGUAUGGGCUUAUUACCAAGCAUGGGCUUUUAUUUCUGGUCAUAGGGUGGGAUUAAUCCUCGUCAUUAGCUUAUAACAGAUAGAAUGUAGUUCUUUAAAGCUGUUCUGCUGCAAAAUAUUGUACAUAGGCUGGGUCAGUGUUGAGUGGUAGGUUGUGUAGAAGGAGAGAGCGAGAAAGAAAGAAAGAAAGUUGUGCUGAAUUGUAAUGAAUCUCAUCAAACUGAGAGUAAAUUAAACAUGUAAAUACUGAA